AUGAGACAAAUCUAUGAAGAUGUGAGCAGCUCAGCGAAGUCCAAAAAACUUCCUGUGAAAUGGAUGGCCCCAGAAUCACUCUAUCAAGGCCUUUACACUACCAAAAGUGAUGUGUACGUGAAAAAGAUUCCCACUCUUUUAAAUACAUUUCGAUACAUUGCUGCUCAGAAAACCUCAGCUACCCUAAAAAUCGUGAUCAGUGAGUUGAAUUCAAACCGAUCUAGAAUUCCAGUGGUUAAUAUAGUGGGUAAUUUCGUACUUGUCAGCGCAAUUUUGACUCAGGACUAUAUAUAGUUUUCACAUUCAAUAGCGAGAGCGGGGUCGGUUGAAUUUUUAAAUCAGAGUGUAUGUAAAGAUCACUUAGAAGCUUUUCUUUGCCAGGAAAAGUUUACGAAUAUGCGACAGACGCGUAACGUAAAUUGGUAUUGAUUUCCCUACUCUAUUAACCUUGUUAGGCCAUUUACUAAGGGCUUUGAGCGGCUGAGGCCUGGGGGCCGUUUCUCGAAAGUCCCGGUAACUUUUCGGGCCCGAAAUCAAAUUUUCAAAUCGAAAAGAAGAAGAGCGCGGGUUCUGGCUAGAAAACUACUCCAUUGUGUUUCAUUAACUGAUAGUUUUAUCAUGCUAGAUGAAAAACUAUUGAAGCUACUACCUUGCAUGUAAACAACAACAGCUUUACGGGCCCGUUAAUUAUCGGGACUUUCGAGAAACGGGCCCCUGGUGUCAUAGGAUUCAGUCACGCGCGAAGGCACGAAAAAGUGGAGGCACGCCCUUUUCCCCUUAAGUUCAUCAAGUAAAAAGAAGAGAAGAAAAAUUUAUAGUGUUUAUGCAGUGGAUAUAUUUAUGGCCUUUGUGCUUUUCUCUAUAGUUGGUCUUUCGGUGUUGUUCUUUGGGAGAUGGCUACAUUGGGUGAGUAGACCGUCACACACUGAUUAUGUUACCUUCCAAGGGGAGUGACAUCCCAAGAACUCUCCUCACUGUUACCACGGGGGAUAUGACUUGAAGUGCAACUGAUAUGAGAGGACGACACUGGGACUCUUAAUAGGCUGAUACCUGAUGAGUUUUAUAUGUGCCAAGCCAGCAGGCUUUUUUGUUUUGAACGAAGCUCUUGUCUGAAAUCAUAAGUGAUAAUCGGCAUCAAAUAUGCACGCACUAGUUGUUUCCCAGAAAGAGGAGCCUUAUUACUAAGCACCCUGCUUUCUUUCUUUCUUUCGUUCUUUCUUACACUUAAAUGCAACUCUGACCCCUAUUCAAUCACUAUUCUUUUGCAAAACUGUAUUAUUGAGUGCGGAGGAAUGAAGAGUCGUCGGCGUUGACAUUUCCAGUAGAAAGCUGUCCAGGGGAGUGAGCCCUGUUUUCAAAAUAACAUCAUGUAUAUUUUUUCUUUCGCACAAAGUGAUCAGGAGGCGUACCAUACCCCACGCUGGCCAACUCAGAGUUGUAUCGACUGCUUGGCACUGGUUAUCGCAUGGAAAGGCCUGACAUGUGCUCCGAUGAUGUGUACGUUUCUUGAUCAGAAUCGUCUUAGAACUAACAAAAUGAUUCGAUUUUUCCGUGCGUCUUUUUAGCUAUAAAUAGCGAUAAACGUUGUAGAAGACAACUCGGUUGGCGAUUUUGACGUUUUUUUCGAUCAAAUUGAUUACUAAACAGACGGACGGCAAAAUCUUAGCAAAAUAUUUGUUUCAUACAGCAAUAUGAUAGUGUUAACACUUUAACAGAGAUCGACUGCAAGGAUUUUUUUGUCCAUGUUUGAUAUUUCUUAAUUGAUUAAAACUAGGUAUUUUUCUCUUACCUGGUAACAGCUUUAUUAGCAAAAUUUGGCGAUGUUGGCUAAGUCUUUAAAAACUUUAAACAACAUUUCCAGCAAACCAUUCCAAAACCAUCCGCCACACGAGGGUCCCAUUGCUGUCGUAUUUUCUCUCGCGUGCCGCUCGCGUGUGUACUUCUCACGAGAUCGCCCUAAGUGGAGAGCUUUCUCGCAAGCUAGGCAAGAAACCGACAAGCCUAAUGAUCCGGCGUGAGUGGCUGCCAGCUGGUUUAAAGGAAAAACUAUUCUACUAAAUCGGGGUGUCUUACGUCAAAUAGAAACGGUUUCUAUGUAUGUAAUAAUGGAUUGGAACUCUGACUAACUUAAACUGUUGCAUUCUUUUUAUUCAUGACAGAUAUGAGCUGAUGACUGACUGUUGGAAGGAGGAACUUCGCUCUCGUCCCAGUUUCUUUCAGCUGAUCGAAAGACUGGUGGUGAUAAUGCAGAGGGAUGCACCAUACUUGGAUCUAAACAAACAUAAUGAAGGUCAUCCGUAUUACAACGUUCCCCCUGAAGCUAGUGGUGAUUAA